AUGACUCAGAAAUACAAGAAUAGAAUUAUAAAUAUUCACUCUCUCUUUCUCUCCUUCUCUAUUUCUCUCUCUUUCUCUGACUCUCUCUUUCUUACCAUCCCUCUCUUUCCCCCUCCCUCUAUCCCUCUCCCUUUCUCUCCCUCUCUCUUAUUUCCUCCAGCCUAUUUAUCUUUCGAGACCUUUUUUGCUUAUAUUUGUUUUCCGUGUCCUCUCUUCUAUGGAAUUUUUUUCUCUUGCCUUUCGCUCUCCCUUUUCCACUUGCCUUGCGAUUUAUUUUCCAAAUUCCCUCUUCGAUUAUUUCUUUUUUUUUUGUCAGUCAGACUUGAAACCACCCCAAAUAGGACGAAUUUUCUUUCUCUCUCUCUUGCUCGCUCUCUCACUACCUCUUUCUCACUCACUCAAACCCUUUCUCUUUCUCUCCCUCUUUCUCUCUCUCCCUCUUUUUCUCUCUUCCUCUCUUUCUCUCCCUCUUUCUCUCUCUUUCUGUCUCCCUCUCUCUCUUUAUCUCCCUCUUUCUCUCUCUCUCUUCCUCUCCCUCUCUACCUACCCCUCUUUCUCUCCUUCUCUUUCUCUCUCACCCCCCCCGACUCUCUCUCCAUAUAUAUAUAUCUUCUUCUUUUUCUAUUUUUCUCUCUCUAUUUCUCUAUUUUUCCCUCUCUAUUUCUCUAUUUUUCCCUCUCUAUUUCUCUAUUUUUCCCUCUCUAUCUCUCUAUUUUUCCCUCUCUAUCUCUCUAUUUUUCCCUCUCUAUCUCUCUAUUUUUCCCUCUCUAUCUCUCUAUUUUUCCCUCUCUAUUUCUCUAUUUUUCCCUCUCUAUUUCUCUCACAUCAUCUCUUUAUCUUUACACCACAAACAAAUCUUUCAUUCUUUCUUUGUUUCUUUUUCCCUUUCACGAUGUUUCUUUCCUUUCGUUCUUUCUGGCAAUUGAAUUUCUUUUGAAUUUUCUUUUUUUUCUUUUUCUCUCUUUUGAUUUGGAUUUAUUUUUUUUCAUGAUAUCAUUUUGCUUUCAUUUUCGUGCUUUUUUUUCUUCUUCCCCUCUUCACAAUCUGUAUUCACUUUCUUUAUUUUCAUUUAAUUACUUCCUUCGUCAUUUCUUACUUUUUGUUUUAUACGUUUUAUUUCUCUCCCACUCAUUUUCAUCCUCUCUCUCUCUCUCUCUCCCUCUCUCUCUCUCUCUUUCUCUUAAUCUGAUUAUUCUGCCCUCCUUCUUUUUUCCCCCCUCCUUCUCCUCGGCGACCACCGAAAUCUCCAUCUCGUCGGAUUAUCAUUACACCCCCUCUCCCCACCCCACCUCACUCACUCUUUAUCUAUCUAUCUCACCGAAGUAUCAUUUGCAUAUAUAUCAUCGAUCUUUUUUUUCUUUCUAUUUUAUGUUCCUUUAUCAUUUUCAGUUGAAUUCUCUCUCUCCUUUCGGCCUUUCGUUAUCAGACUACCAGGAAACUUCAUUCGAUUUCAUGUUCCUAAUUGCCUAA